CCAUAAAUAAAACCUCGGCGAAAAUCCGUUAUCCGUUACUUUUCGCGGGAAAAGAUGUCGGGGAAGGGCGCGAAGGGGCUGAUUAUGGGCAAGACCGCCACCAACAGCGGUGGCAAAGACAAGGACAAGAAGAAACCCAUCUCUCGUUCCUCCCGCGCCGGCCUUCAGUUCCCUGUGGGUCGAAUCCACCGUCUUCUGAAGUUAAGGACCACAGCUAAUGGGAGAGUGGGAGCAACUGCCGCAGUUUAUUCUGCAGCGAUCUUGGAGUAUCUCACCGCUGAGGUGUUAGAGUUGGCAGGCAAUGCAAGCAAGGAUCUCAAGGUGAAACGUAUCACUCCGAGGCAUUUGCAGCUUGCUAUUCGUGGUGACGAGGAACUCGACACCCUCAUCAAAGGAACCAUUGCUGGUGGAGGUGUGAUCCCUCACAUCCACAAGUCACUUAUCAACAAGUCGACCAAGGAGUAGCUAAUAAAAACGGACUACAGCUGCAGAAGAGUGCCAAGUUUCUGCAAGGAACAGAGUCUCUUAGCGACUUUAAUGACACGCUUAAUUUGUUGUUUCGGCUUCUUAAUCUUCCAGAUUCUGUAUGCCAUUGUCCAACAAUCUUAGGCGUGCUUUUAGAAAUCGGGUUAUCGCGUGACAUUGUCAUGAUUUUAUCAGAGACAUGUUCGGAAUACCUGUUGUUAUUGUUUCCUUAUACAGAGAUGUACCAAUCUGUGAUUUGCAUGAAUUUGGUUGCUGA